AUGUUAAAGCAUUUAAGAAUUAAUAAAGAUUUAUCGUUAAUAACCAAUUUAUAUAUUUGUAAUAGUAGAUGUUUAAAUAACAAUAUUAAAUUUAGAUCGUUUUCAAAUAAAAAAAGCAAUAAAAAAGAUGAUAUAAUUUUAAAUGGAACAAUAGAAUAUGUAUCAAAAGAAGAUUCGUCAACACAAUCAAUUAAAAUGUUAUUAGAUGGAUUAAAUAAGAAACCAUCACCAACAUCACAGAAAAAGAAAUUAGCAAACAAAGACGAAAUUAUUGAAGAACAAGAAGAAAAUAAUGAAGACAAUGAAGAAGACUUUGAUGAUAAAAUAGAAAUAUACGAUGAAAACGAUAUGGAAAUAUUAGAUUAUUAUGGCGAAAAUGAAAUUAUAGAAAAAGAUAGAAGAUUAGAAAACUAUCAACAUGACGAAAACCGUAUGGAAGGAAUGGAAGAUUAUGUUUUUGACGAUGAACCAAAUGGAUCAAAUAAAAUAAUAAGCACAGCAGACAAUAAACAAGAAUACGAUAAUGAUAAUGAUAAUGAUAAUAAUAAUGAUAAUAAUGAUGAUAAUGAUAAUAAUGAUAAUAAUGAUAAUAAUGAUAAUAUUUAUAAUAGUAAAAGAAUUUUAACAAAAGCUGAAAAAAAAGAAGCAAAAAAGAAAUUUGAAGAAAAAAUUAGAAAACAAUAUGGCAGCAAAGCAGAAAAAAUUUUAUAUAAUAUUCAGAUGAAACAAAAAUAUGGAAAUUGGGACCCAAAAAGCAAAAUAUCAAGAAAAGAUAUGGACCAUUUAAGAUCACUUUUUAAAGAAAACCCAGAAUACUACACCAUACCUGUAUUGGCUGAAAAUUUUGGAAUCACUGAAGGUGCAGUUAGUAGAAUUUUAAAAUCAAAAUGGGAACCCAACAAAGAAAAAUUAGAAAAACUCCAAAAGAAAAAAAUUGAAGACAAUAAAGAAAAAUACUCACCAUACUCAAAAUCAAACAAAGAUAAAGAAUUAAACGAAAUUGGUUUAUCCUAUCAAUCUAAAUUUGGCUAUAAACCAAAAAAAGAAUCAAAUAAAAUCCCAAAAGUUAUACCACACUCAAAACUUGAAAAUAUUGAUAUCAAUAAUUGGUACAAUCAAGCCAAAAACUACAACGAAUUCAGAAUCAAAUCAUUCAAUCCCUCAAAUUUAAAAAACAAUUUGGAAAAAAAAGAAAUUGACAUAAAUUCAAAAAUUCAAAAAAUAAAACAAAUUGAAAAUCUUUUAAAGUCGAAAUAA